AUGCGGCUUGCCGCAUGCGCAACCCCUGGCAAAUCGCUCGUUCUGGGUUUUGCACGGGCGAUAUCCCAGGCGAAGUCCCAACGGGGAUGCCGACUGGGAUCCCGUCCGGGCUCCCGUCCGGGCUCCCGUCUGGGACGGGGGCCCUCUGCGGCACCCGUGUGGCCCCUGCAGCGCUGUGCCAGCAGGGGGUCCCAGCAGGGAUCCCCGAGCGCUUCCGCGCUUCCGCCUGCGCGGAUACCAGGCCGGGCCGGGUAUCCGCAUAAACCGCCGCAGGCCGAGACGCGCGCGGCCGCCGCCGAACCCAAAAGUGCCGCCGUGUGUGGGUCUCUGACGCAGUGCUGCUGCCGUCUGCCUGCAGUUUCCCCCCGCGGUGGGCAGCGGCGAUGGCCGUGGCGACGUGCCGUGGCGCCGUGCCUGGGCCAGACGCUGUUCUCGGGAGGAAACGACGCGCGCAGCGCCAGCGCAGCACAGCGCUACGGACGUGCGUUCGUGCGUGAAACGGCGUUAAAGUGCGUUAAAGUGCGCAUUGUAGCUUGGAGCCCAGACAAUAUAUAUAGAGCGGUGCGGCCGCCGUACGUGCCAACCGGCGCGGCGGGGGCCAGAUUACACCACUCGCAAGCCACGACGACCACGACCAGUCUCACCAUGCAAUCCAACGUCAAGUUGCCCUCUAUACGGGCGAUGCUCAGCGGUGUGCCCGCUGAGCUCGCCAGCGCCGGCGGCGCUGGCCUGAACGCCAGCCCCGCGGGCGCGCUCCCCUCACCGGAGCUGUACGUGGCGCCGUACAUGUGGAACGCCGCCGUACCAUGUUACACCAUCGCGAGCGGCGGGUUUAUGGGUGUUGAUCCGCGGCGAAACCCGGCCUCCGUGCGCGUCUCGGUCUCGCACGGGGCGAGCCCUGCGCUGGGCUCUGCCGCGCUGGGCUCUGCCGCGCCCGUGGGGCCGCUCCCGGGGCCGCUCCCGGGGCCGCUCCCAGCCGCGGCCCCAGCCGCGGCCCCCCGGCUGGCGGACCCGCGUAGCAGCCUGCUGUCCUACCCGCACGCCGCGGCCGCGGCUACGGGGCCCCCCCUGGGAGCGCCCCUGGGGGUGCCUCUGGGCUUGGACGGCGUGCCCACCGCAGAACAGGCACCGCUCAAAUGCGUCUGCCGCAACAACACGGAAUCCGGACACCACAUACCUCGCCCCCGAAACGCGUUCAUCCUGUUCCGGCAGCAUCUCCACCAGCGGCUUUUCGCCAAGGACUCGGCCGCGCCCGGACCGCGGAAACCGGGCCCCGCGCCAGACACCGCAGCCGCCCGCUACGCGGUGCCCGCGGAGGUGUCGUUCCGCACAAACUCGCAGGUGUCUCGUGAGAUCGGGCGCCGGUGGCGCGCGCUCAGCGACGACGACCGCCGCUACUGGCAGGAACUCGCGCAGCGCGAGAAGGAACUGCACCGCCAGCGGUACCCGGACUACAAGUACAUACCUAGAAAGUCGCAUGCGGGCAAACGCCAGCGCAAGGACGGAUGCGAGUUCUGUCGCAGGCGGCGCAGUCACAGCUCGUAG